GUCACUUCUUCUGGCUAGAUAAUGAGAGUGAGAGUUCAGCCUCAUUCCCCCCUCCUUAUUAUUAGUUUGAGCAUGUGGGGGGGUUUUCUACGAAAGCUGGUAUAACCUCUACAUAAACAACUGCACGCUAUGCUGCACCAUUUUGGCAUGCGAGCAAGUGAAAUCGGUUUGUGCCUCUCCGGCCAUUCGUCGAUCACAAGGGCCAAGGGGAAUCCGACUGAACUGAGGGGGAAACCAGACAAAGAGUCUCCUGAUGGACAGGGGUCAAUACAGCACUAUUGAACGGGGAACAAGCCAUUGGGACCAUUGGAACACAGCGACUCGUCGAGGCCAUCAGUGGCUCUUUGGGAAGCUGAGCCGGCUGAGUCCGCCACAAGCCACCAAUAGGAAUCAGAGGAAGUCGUCCACGGUGAACUCGAUCUCCAUUCACUAUCCACCAUCUGUGCUUUCUGCAAGAUCCAUAAAGAUCCAUGAUAUGGAGCUUAUGAGGGCCUUUCUCCCUGAUCGAGCCAAUCGAGAUUCAAAUGCUAAAUACUCUCACUAUUUACUGAUUGUCACACCGCAACAACAUACGGUGAACUUAUCUUUUGUUGAGACCUUGAGUGUUUUGCUGCCACGGCAACUGUUGCAGUUUCCGCCGCCCGUCGUCCGCUCGGGACGCUUCCCCGCUCGACCCCGGAAUCGUUCUCUGUAUGAAACAUGCCAAAUGCUCGUUAGGGAUCACGGGAAUAGACCCACGAAUUACUCAUUGAGGUAUCGUCGUCUGACGGUGACCUGCCGUUGUAAGACACUGGGUCUAGAAGAAUCCUCUUCUUCUUUCCAGAAUGUUUUCCGAAGCAAGGGUGGCUCAGAUAAUAACAAAAGCACGAGAUUUUCAAACGCCUUUCAAAGGGGUAGCCGAAGCUUAUGUCAAUGUUGAUUAAUUAUGUCAGCCAGGCCUUGCUGACGGACUCAGCAUCAGCCCAAUCAUGGCAUUGGGGUAAGUACUCUUGGCUGGUCACUAGAAUCGACAAAGCAGUCCGAUCAGAGAAGAGCCACAGGAUUGCGCCUUGUCGCCCUGGAUAGUGGUCCAGCAGGUGGUUGACACAAGAAUUGGCGCAGCGGCCACUAUAGCUCACUGCUCACUUACUAUGUAACAG